GGAUGGAUCUCCUAUUUUCAAAAAUCUUCGCGAGAUUCUUCCGUCAAAAUCUUCUUAUUAAGACUUUAAAGAUCAAUGACGAAAGGGAUAAUUGUGUAAUGACAACGGUGUGUUCUAUUUAAGGAUCUGUGGUAUAAUUAGGCAGUUUGAUAUAGAAGAAAACGAUAAAGCAGGUACUUCCAUCAUUCAAGAAAUGCAGAAGAAAGUAGUUGGGGGAGAACGGCACAUCUACGUAAAAUCUAGCGAUGGCCUUGAUCCUAGCGGUGCACGCAGGAAAAACCCCAAAGAGAAACCUGUUCUGGAAAACAGAGAGAUGAGGAACAUCCCCAUAGCUCCAAGUCUAAGCCAGGAAAUUAGGAACAUUGCUGCACAGUCCAGUGGUGCUCUGACCAUCCACAGCAAAAGAGGGAAGAAGAACGACCGUCCCAUCGUUCCGACCCCCCUGCCAGAGAGUGCAGAAGGGGUGUAUGGAGAACCCGAACUGCAUUCAGCUCUGAGGGUCAGUCAAGCCUUGUGGAAGGUGAGAGAUGAGGAGCCGGACCUGUCGAUGAUGCUCAAGGAGAAGCUAGAGUCUCCAAACACAGCAGCCAGGGUUAAGAAGCAGAGAGCAAAGCGAGUGAACAUCUCUGGGUCACGGCAGAUCUUCAACGACCUUGUGUCUGUUGACGUCAGAGAGCAGGAAUUGGCAGCCCAGUUUGAAGAUCAGCUCCAUGUGAGAGCAACAGCAGUCCAGCCUCGAACCAGACCCCGCGACCCUGAACCACAACUAACUGAUUACCUCAACAUGGAGGAUUACAUAACCACCUGUCCCAUCACCAGCAUACAAGUGCACCCUCCGUUUAACAGUGUCAGGCCUCACAGGGUCGGGAGGGAAGAACUGUGUCAUUUGUAUGGUCAGCUGAUGGAGUGAGAAUAUGUGUGUGUGUAGUGUGUGAUAUGUUUUUGCACAUACUUGUACAUUAGAGGUGUUGAAUCUUGUAUAUAUAUUUUUUUAGGAGAGACGGACAGCUUCUUAUACAAAGAUACUUUUUUAUUUCUUCUUCUUUUUUCACUAUUUAUGAAGUAUUGGAAGUGGGAAUCAGGUUCUGCUUAUAUGACCUGGCAUAGUAUAUCCUGUUAACUGUCCAAGCAUGUGAUUCCAUUAUGCAGGGCAUUAUGUGAAGUAGAAUAUAUUUAACAUAAUACAUGAUUAUAUUUGUAUCAAAUUAUGGCUCUUUUUAGUUUUAUUGGGAAAUUGCUGAUGCAUCUGCUUUUUCACCAGCACUGUGGUCUUAAAUACUUACAUAAUACUUUAUGCUUGUUGUUUGCAUGUAUUGACAUGCUAUUAUAUCAUUCCUAUAGUGAGAAAAGUUACUAGCUAAUAAGAAAAUUAAAGGAAUUAUUUUUGUACUCUGGAUAUAAAUAGAUGAACACAGGGACUUCCUUAUGUAAUCAUCAUUUUUUGUAAAUGCAGUAAGGAUAUUUUAGUGUUUGAGAUACAAUACUUGUGAACUUACUCUGUGAUAAUAUGCAUACAUUGAAUAUGGGAGUUUUGUA